AUGUCUACGUUACCUGAAGGUUGGGUAUCUCGAAUCAGCUCUAGUAGUGGAAAACCAUACUAUGUUAAUACAGUUACAAAUGAGUCACAAUGGGAAUAUCCUCAGCAUCCAGUCAUAUCCACAAAUAAAGUUCGAUGCUUACAUUUACUAGUGAAGCAUAAUGAGUCUCGACGUCCCUCAUCUUGGAAACAACAGAACAUCACUCGAUCUAAAGAUGAAGCCUUAGAUUUAAUAAAAAAAUACAAACAACAAAUUGAAGCUGGUGAAUAUACAUUUGAAGAACUUGCCCGAACUGAAAGCGAUUGCAGUUCAGCUCAUUCUGGUGGUGAUUUAAAUUUCUUUAGUCGUGGUCAAAUGCAAAAGCCAUUUGAAGAUGCUGCAUUUAAAUUAGAAAUUGGUGAAAUGUGUGGUCCUGUAUAUACAGAUUCUGGAAUUCAUUUAAUCAAACGAAUUGCAUAA